AUGCUUGUUCCUCACAUUCAUUGGAUUGUGAUUGAAGACUCUGAUCAUAAAACUAACCUUGUUAAAGUUUUUCUUAUGAAGACUGGUAUUCCCUACACACAUCUAGCAGCUUCAACUCCUACUCGAUGGAAGCAAAAGGAACCCAACUGGAAGAAGCAUCGUGGUGUCUUGCAGCGCAAUACAGCACUGGAGUGGAUCCGUAACAAUUUGGCUGCUACUAAUGAAAGUGGUGGUGUCCUCUUCUUUGCUGAUGACGACAACACUUACAGUUUGGAGAUCUUUGAUGAGAUGCGACACACUGAGCGUGUGAGUGUGUGGCCGGUGGGCCUGGUGGGAGGUCUCAUGGUGGAGUGGCCUCUUCUCAACGAGACAGGCCAUGUAGUUGGAUGGAACAGCGUGUGGCGGCCAGACCGUCCCUUCCCAGUCGACAUGGCAGGGUUUGGUGUUAAUCUCAGGUUUUUUCUCAGCAAACCUCAAGCAAAAUUCUCCUACAAUGUGGAAAGAGGAUUUUAAGAAAGUGAACUGUUGAGACAUCUAGUGAAUUCCUGGGAUGAGCUCGAACCCAAAGCAGACAGAUGUACAAAGGUGUAUGUGUGGCACACAAGGACAGAAAAACCCGUUCUUAGUGGUGAAGACAGAUUACGGAAAGCGGGUAAACGGUCAGAUGCUGGAAUUGAAGUAUAG